CACCAGGAGUUUAUGUAGCACAAUUUAUUUCAACACAGCAGAGCAGAAGUACAACAUUUAUUAACAUUUCUUCCGUGGAGCUCAUGAAAGUCUGGGAAGCAGUCACAGGAGUGAGCAUUUUUCCCGCCGGGAAGAAUACCGAGCAGUCCUGCCUAUAAUGACGUUCUACCACACAUUUGGUGUACCAACAUCGGCUUUGAGCCUCUCCGGACCUCCACUCAUCUACUUGUACGGCGGGGACUGCGGUGCCUUGAGCCUCAUGCCGGAACGCCGGGACCCCCCACAGAAGCCGCCCUACAGUUACAUCGCACUCAUUGCUAUGGCUAUCAAGAGUGCACCGGAGCAACGCGCGACACUGAACGGCAUCUAUCAGUUCAUCAUGGACCGGUUUCCUUUUUAUCUUGAUAACAGGCAGGGAUGGCAGAACUCCAUCCGCCAUAACCUUUCCCUGAAUGACUGUUUCAUCAAGGUACCCAGGGAGAAGGGGCGCCCCGGGAAAGGCAGCUACUGGACACUGGACACCACGUGUUUGAAUAUGUUUGAAAACGGCAACUACCGACGGAGGAAAAGGAAGGUGAAGAGUCAGCUGGAUGCUGCACGACACAAACACAACAAAGACUCCAUAAGAGACCGUUUAUCUUCUCAGACGGCCAGUGCGUCCUUGCUGGUAGAGAUGACGCUAAGACAGGAGGCAAAGCCAACGGAGACUCAAUCAGACGCGAAAUCGGUUCUGCUGGCCUUCAAUCACUCUGAGCAACAGAAUCCACUUACACAUAAACAAAAAGUGUGCCGUGCGGUCAAACACUCCAGACGGAAGCUGGACCAGCACGCAUCGGAGCCGUCAUCGACGCAACGGAUCAAUAACGUAUCCACGACUGACACGGCCCAACUCUGCUCCUCUUCUUCUCUUCUUCAGUCCAAUUCCAAAGCACGUAUUCCGAGAAGGGACAAAUGCAAAGGUUUCAGUAUUGAGAGCAUCCUAGCAAGAAGUGAAGGUGACAAGAUCCGAAGCUCCAUCAGGAACCAGGAUCUUCACAGUACCGGGGUUGGUCCAAACAUUCCCAUGGACACCACGCAGCAUCACUUAUACCAAGUGGGAUUUCCUCUUGGCUCUUAUUUGUCCCACACGUCUCCUGAUAAAGGUCUGCUCUCCAAAUGGAAAUAAUUCAUUUUGCAAGAGUUUUAACAUCAGGAUAGCAUGAGAAUUUAUUCAUUAUUAAUUAAUUCUUUUACAUAACUCAGCUACGUAUGAAUUAGCAUCUGAUAUACACUUUCUCUUUAAUUGUGCAAGGAAAAAUGGUGUGCAGUGUACAUACAUAUGUCAUCGAAAUAACCAGGUCUUUUUUUGCACCUAAAAUGAGUAUUCCAAUGUAUACAACUGACAAUGUAAUCCAAAGUUUUGUGUAAAAUAAAAAUAGUUUGAUAAUAAAGAAUGAAUGAAUGUUUUGUGGAAAGCAUUGGAGGUGUUAAGUGUCCACUAUUAACAAAACAAAACAGCACUACUGACAAUAAUGGUACACUUUUUGGCAAGUUCAGUACACUUUCUAUGAAUAAUGGCUUUUUCACCUGUGAAUAAAUCAGGUAAGUUAUAGUUCGAUCUCCUCACUCUGUGGCCAACAUGCUGACCACUCAUCCACUGUGCAGGUAAUAGUAAAUAUA